ACAGGAGGAGGAACAGGGUGUGAAGAAAGGCCUCUUAGGGUUUGGAGGGGAGCGUCCAAAGCCAGCUGGUCUGGCUUCGGGGCAAAUCAAUGGGUAGAGGAGGAAGACAGGAAGCAGAAAGAAGAGGAAGAGCUCUAAGCUGAAGCAAAAGUAAGACAAUACAUGCAGGAGGAAAAGGCUGGAGCAGCAGGUCCCGUGAGCAGGACAUUUUUCCAAAGGAGGACAAAAACACAAGGAAGCUGAAAGCCAAGGGUGCAUUGAGUGAAAAAUAAGAGAUAGAGCGUUCUUAGGGACGAGGAUAGUGUUUCUUUGUUUGAUUGUGGCGUGGUCUGCCCGACGAGCAAAGAGCGCACCGAAGAGCGUGAGCGAGCACAUACAAGAAUAGAGGCCGUUGCACAAUGUGCUAGGAGAGCGGGCCAAGAAAGGUCGUUGUUUUCUGAUAUUGUCGAGGUGUCAGAGAAACCGGAACAGACGCAGUCAUGGGGCGAAAGAAGAUACAGAUAACCAGGAUCAUGGAUGAGAGGAACCGACAGGUUACCUUCACAAAGAGGAAGUUCGGCUUGAUGAAAAAGGCCUACGAGCUGAGCGUACUAUGCGACUGUGAGAUAGCACUCAUCAUUUUCAACAGCUCUAACAAACUGUUCCAGUACGCCAGCACGGACAUGGACAAAGUGUUGCUGAAAUACACCGAGUACAACGAGCCCCACGAGAGCAGAACCAACUCUGACAUUGUGGAGAAAUUGAGAAACAAAGGCCAUAAUGACUGUGCUAGUCCUGAUCCCGAUGACUGUUUCGGGCACAGCCCCCUCAUGGACGACCAUUUCGGCAAACUAAGCGAAGAGAGUGAUUUAAUGUACAAGCGCUGUGGUGCGCUAAACAAGAAAGAACACAGAGGCUGUGAUAGCCCGGAUCCUGAUGCCUCAUAUGUCCUCACUCCUCACACAGAAGAAAAGUAUAAAAAAAUUAAUGAGGAGUUUGAUAAUAUGAUGAGAAAUCAUAAAAUCCCCACAGCAUUGCCUCAGCAGAACUUCUCCAUGCACGUGGCAGUGCCUGUAUCCAAUCCCAACGCCAUGUAUCAGCCGGGGGGGACUCUGGGCAGCCAGGCCCUGGCAGCGGCCGCGGCCUCCCUGGGCGACAGCGGGAUGCUGUCCCCUCCACAGGCCUCUCUGCACAGGAGCGUGGGCUCCAGUGGAGGCUCCCAGAGGCCCACCAGUGCGGGAAGUUCAGGUGGCAGGCUGGAUACUACAGACCUUUCAGUGCCAAGUGGCGCGGGCUCCAGCCCAGUGGGGAAUGGUUUCGUUAACCCCAGGGGCUCCCCGGGCCUCCUCAGCACACCCAGUGGCAAUGGUCUGGGAAAAGUCAUGCCCACCAAGUCUCCACCACCCCCCGGAGGGAACAUGGGAAUGGGAGGCCGCAAGCCAGACCUGAGGGUUGUUAUUCCUCCUUCCAGCAAAGGGAUGAUGCCCCCGCUGUCGGAGGAGGAGGAAAUGGAUUUGAACACUCAGAGGAUAAGCAGCUCCCAGUCCACCCAGCCUUUGGCCACUCCAGUCGUGUCUGUCACCACCCCGAGCUUACCCCCACAGGGCCUGGUCUACUCAGGCAUGCCCACCUCCUACAACCCUGCUGAGUACUCCCUGAGCAGCGCAGAGAUCUCAUCCCUACAGGGCUUCAGCUCUCCUGGGCUCUCACUGGGCUCCAUGUCGGCAUGGCAACAGCAUCAACUAGGCCAGGCAGCUCUUAAUUCUUUGGUUGGUGGAGGCCACCUACCUCAGGGCUCCAACCUAUCCAUUAACACCAGCCAGAGCAUAAACAUCAAGUCCGAGCCCAUUUCGCCGCCACGGGAGCGUGUCACCCCAUCUGGCUUUGCCCCUCAGCAGCCCCAGCAAGGGUCCAGCCGACAGGAGAUUUUGGGCCGAUCUCCCACUGACAGCCUCAGCUCCUCCUGCAGCUCCUAUGACGGCAGCGAUCGCGAGGACCACCGACCAGACUUCCACUCCCCGCUGGGGCUGGCCAGGCCCCCUGCUGGUUCUGAGGAUAGGGAGAGUCCCUCGGUGAAGCGUUUGCGCAUGGACGCUUGGGUGACAUAAAGAGCACCCGUCAAGCCUCCAGUCACCAGCCAGUCAGAGAGAGGGGGGGUUAGACGUGGAGAUAGAGGAAAAAGCAAGGGUCCUUAGAGCUAUCACGAUGAUACUAUUAUUCAACGCCAUUUCAAUUUGUAAGACUGCGAUGUAAAGAAAAAAGUCGUCUCGUGAAAUCUAAAACAAAAUGUCAAACAACAGAAGGAUUUAAAAAAAACAACCUCAAAGCUAGCUGGACUGAAUUAUAUGCACAAGCAGGUGGUAUCAGGUACUUGGUCAAAUUGUGGGGACAUUUGCAAAUCUGGUAAACAAUAUGUGAUAGUUUACUGUAGUCACUGGUCUAAGCAGACACUUGCAUAUAGUCGCGUUUUUGCUGUUGUGUUCGCAAGUUGCAAAAAUCAGAGAAUACUGCAUUGCUUUCAGGCUAAGGACCCUUGCGUAGACGUUCACUGCAAGAACUACCUUUUAAAACCAUGCUGUAACUCUACAAGACCUUGAUCUCAAGUGGCCUCGUCUAAUUUAUUGAAUCCGUUGAUCAGAGCAUAAAGAAAGAAAUUAGCUAAUAUUACUAUAUAUUUAGUGCAUACAGGGAACGGUUGCAUCAUUUGAGACGACUUCAGUCACUAAAAGAAACAAAAAGCAAAACAGCAACACAGCGUAUUGCAAUAAUGAGAAAGUGUCCAUUUUAUAAUUAAAAAAAAAAAGUAGGAUAUAUAAAUGUGCAAUUAAGAUAACGUGAACCUGUCCAGUCGAACUGGUGAGAAAAUCAACAUGUUCACGCUCGUGUAACAGUUCAUCAGUAAUAUAAGCCAAAGCUGUUAUUUUGUGUUUUGCACAGUUGCUAUGGUUUCCUAACAAUUCACUCGAAAGCACCAUUGUUUUCAUCAUGCUUUUCUUUUCUCCUGUGAUUUAUUGCAAACGGUGUAAAGUCAUGUAAACCCGAUCUUGAAUUGAUAUCUAAAGCCAUGAACAUUUCGCUGUUCCGUUUGUGUAAUUGAAAUUUUGAGCCAAACAUCUUUUGUUUGUAAAUAAGCAUCUUUAAUAUAUAUCACCAGGGUGUGAGUACGUACAGUACUGAAUGUAUCGUAUGAUCACCGUUUUCAAGAAAAGUAUAUUUUUGUGGAUUACAGCCAAGUUUACGAGACUAGACCCUCAACGAGUGUAACCCUCACUGGUCAAUGUUUGCUGUUCUGUUGAUUUUACCGUAAUUACUUUUGAACUGAACUAUCAGCAUAGCCUCCCAUGUGUUUUACUUCCAGAUGGUCGACUUGUUCUUUUCUCUCUCUCUCUUUUUAAUGGUGGCUGUUUGUGCUGAGGACAUUGUGGUAACAAUGCGGCGAGGUUGGAGUUCCACUGUUUUCAUAUUUGUGAAGGGUGAUCACAAGGCUAAGGGAAGCAGGGUUGUUCCAUCCCAUUGUGUUAGCUUGUGUUAGCUGUAUACCAGCAGCUGCUGAAUACACUGCCAAUACUCAAACCCAAGGUCCCGGCCCCGCGCUGACGAAGGAGCCAUUGUUAUUGCGUGUCAUUCAACUGAAAGACAAGCCAUUUCCAUUGUCCGGUUAUUGGUUCGUGGAUUUUAAGCAGAAGACGCAAAUGCAGGAGAAGUGCCGGCUGGCCUUCACACAAGCUGAUUUUGCCUGUGCCCAUAUGUAGUUGUAUAUAUUGCGGUCUACUUGAAUGUCAGUCAGAAAUAUGUGCAAAAAUGCUUUGUGUUUUCUUAAUUGGCUCCAGAAAUUGUAUCAAUCUAUAUCAGUACCCUAUAAUUAGUAAGAGUCCUGUAGGCCUAGCAAGUACUGUAGGAGUCAGAAGCAGCCUGAAUUCAUAUAGUUCACGUGAAAGAUGAUGCCUCAGUUAUCACAUCAUGCAGACAUAAAAAAGGAAAAUGGGGCUGUGGCUUUUUUUCUUACCCAUCCUCACCAACAAAUAAUUCAGCAGCUAAUUCAUAAUUCCAACAACAGCCUACGUCAUUGACUUCAAUCUCACUGCUGGAUUGCACACACUUCUAUGAGAAGUUUGCUGUAUGAGAGCGGUAUCACCGUGCAUUCACCGUGGCGUUUCUUGUGCGCGUGCUCAUCUCUAACGCCCGCGAUGAUCUAUGCAGUUGAAACCCCAAUUCACGUGACAUAAUCGACACAGAAUAUGAUGUCAUAGGCCAUCAACCAUAAGGAAAUUGAAGCGUCGGAGGGUAGACUGUUAGACUCUUAUCCUGAAGUGCUGCACCUGGAGGCUGCUUGACUAUUUUAUGAAAUGAUCAAUUUGGACACCCCGGGGAAAUCUCUUCAUGUUCAUAUACAAUAGUAAACAUAAUUUACAUAAUGUAUAGUAAUUCAUAGCAUAAUCCAGUAAAACACAGCAGGUAAGAAUAGCAAUAACAAAUAACUACAACAAACACUGUCUGCUUGUCGUGGCAGCAUCACCUCAUAGUUCAGCACAUGCUUUAGCACUUGAUAACAUAUCAGGGAAUUUUGUAGUUUUUCUCUCUAUAUGCACAGUUAGGAAAUGCCUUAUCCCAAAGAACAAUUACACCACUUUCACUUUCUCUUAGUUGCAGACACCAGUCCCGACUCGACCAGUCCCAAAAGACUUGCACAAGAACGUGCGUGAUGAAUGCACUGUGAUACUCUUUUGCUCUUUUGGUCCAUAUCCAAAUUGUGCACAACUGAUGAAUGUGAAAGGAAAGGCUAAUCAAAGAACCUUUGUAGAGACUUUCUUCACUUUGCUGUGCAAGAGUACACUGCUUUGCUUUAUGGCUUUUAUAAACAGAACUACGUGUUUGGUAAGUGUUUGUAGUUGAUAGUUCACUUAACUAAAGAAGCUGUUCUCGGUUUGAAGGCUCAAACCGUUUGGCGGCACAAGCUGGACUUUGUUGCCAAUAAUGGAAUUAUUUGUUUCAAAUUUGAAAGAUAUUUUAAGUUAAUCUACAUCUUAUUUCCCUUGAAUGUGUUAUUUUAUUUUCAUCAUACGAUAAAUAUUCAAGUGAACUUUUUAUUAAACGAUUUUAAGAUACUAUGCUAGGUAUUGUUGUACAAAAUUUGUAUUCUUCACAAAAGUACAAAUAUUGGCUUUUAAUGUGUAAUUUAGGUUAUCUCUCUUAUGCUGUAUAAAAUGAAGUAAACAACUCUUACAUAGAAUUUGUUCUCCUGUGAAGUCCCAAACAGUAGAAACUGUCAACUUUAUUAAACACAUCAGUGUAUGCUCA